CCGCUACCAAACCCUCUCCUCUUCUGCUUCAAUCAUCACUCUCUCUUUUGUCCAACUUCUCAGCAUCAUCAUCGCUAUCAUCCAUCACCCAUCAUCACCAAAGGUGUCAACGCGAAAUCGAAUACCCAUCGAUCUCGAGCCCCCAUCGCCACCAUGCUGUUCACUCAGCUCCUCUUUGCGGCGUCCGCCGCCGCCAUGCUAAUUAUCCCCGAGACUUCCGACUCUAACGAUGGCAUCUUCCGCACCCUCCCCCACGACGUCAACUCGUACGACAUCCCUGCGACCGCCUUCACUCAGAGCAUCGAGGUCCCCUGCCCUCAGUGCCGCGGCCACGACACCCACCUGAAGAUGGACUUUACCGUUGAAGACAAGACUCGUCUGCUGCUCAACGGCUUCGAGCUCUACCCCAACGCCGACCCUUGGCAGGGUGACCUGUCUGCCGCCGUUAUUAAGGGAAAUGGCAAGAGCAAGGACCGCAGGUUAGGAUAUGGUCUUUCCGUGCGACCCGAGGGCAUGGAUGAGGAUCAGCAACUUGAGGUUAUCGCCGUGGAACUGCUGGUCAUCGAGGUCGGAGACCGUUUCGUCGAGGGGAUUCCUCUCGUCAAGGUCAAGCUGGUCAAGUCCACUGCUGGGGAAAUCCUCAUUGGCAGCCUCAACCUCUCUGGAUCCGAGACUCUCGCCGUUCCCAACCAAUGCUCGUCGAUGUUGUGCCGUGUUGAGAGCAUGAUGAAUGAUGUCUGGAAGAGCGUCAAGAGCAACUUCAAGGGCAAGGGCUGCGGCGGAAUGCGUAGCCACGGCCACAAGGGCCACCACCACGGCCAUGGCAAGACCGAGGAGAAGACCGGAUUCGUCCAAGGCGGUCACAAAUCCCACGGUCACCACGGCGGCAAGCACAAGUCUCACCAUCACGACCACUCAUGGAGCAUGCUGAAGCACAUUACUUCGUACAUCUUCUUGCCUGUUCUCAUGGGCAUCACUGCUGGUGUCGGCGUUGCCAUUCUGGCUAUGUUCCUUGGUACCCUUGCCAUCCGCUUCAUCCGACUGGUCAGGGGCGAGCGUCACGAGGCCCCCAUGUAUGUGGACUGUGGCCACAAGAUCGACGUUGUCGAGUUCAUUUCUACCGAUGAGGAGAAGGCCGGUCUCAUGGUUCACCAGGAAGCUGCUCCUGAGUAUGAGAGUGAGGACGAGACUCCCCGAAACUAAAGCAACUAUAUUCGUCGGAUCUCAAUGUGCGCUAGGUCUCAUGAACAUCUCACGGACAGCAACAAACCUGAGCGAAUCCGGGUAGAGAAAGGGAAUUGAACUGGAGACCGAAUUAUGAAAAUAAAGAAAUAUGUGGGUGGCUGAUACCAAUGGAGUACCUGCAUGUCAAGUUGUGGGAAUAUGGCGUUUACGGACUAACGGGAAGGGCGAGGAGGUGUAUUAUUUGGAUGAAAAUAUCUCUCCUACAGAGCGAAUGUGUUCUUUGUGACGACUUGGGUCGUUGCUGUCCUUUCCCUUGAAAGCUGGCGGACCUUGCUGGCUUUUUUUAUACCCCCCACAUUCAUUUGUAUAUCAAACAAACAAAUACAUCAGAUUGAUAUCUUGAA